ACAAAAUAAAAGAAAAGCUCCAAAUCCACUCUCACCACAAACCCCAAUGAAAACCCUUAUCCCCGCCAUCCCUUCUGCCCCACAACCUCUUCUCCCCUCUUCGCAGCCACCGCCGCCGUCCCCCUUAUCGCCGAUCAUCUCCCGCCGCCUAGCCCUCAACCUCACCCUCUCACUUUCUUUUCCCUCCCUCCCCUUCCCUCCCCUCUCCUCCGCUCUCCUUUCCCCAUGCCCUUCCUCCGCCACCAUAACCUCCGAAUCCUUCCUCGACAUCUCCAUCGCCGGCACUCCCGCAGGUCGCAUCACCAUCGGCCUCUUCGCCGACGCCUUUCCCGCUGCCGCGGCCCGAUUCGCCGCUCUCGCGUCCGGCUCCCGUGGCCUCAGCUUCCGCCGGAAAGAGUUCGUCAAGAUUACCCCCACUUUCAUUCAACUCGCCGGCGUCCAAUCCUUCGGCAUCGAUGCAGAUCUUGUCGCCGAGUGGGCGGCGGAGGCGGAUCGGUGCGCGGGGUUGAGGAGCACGGCGGGAACGGUGGGGAUUGUGGUGAGGAAUCCGGCGAUAUCUGCUCCGGCUAUGCGAAUCGUGGCGAGGAAUGGGAGGAUUGAGGUGGUGGAGGAGGAGGAGGGGGAGGUGGGGACUAACGGGACUGAGAUUAUGAUCGCGACGAGGGAGUCGCCGGAGAUGGAUGAGAGGGCGGUUACCGUCGGGAGGGUGGUUGAGGGGAUGGAGGUGGUGGAAAAGAUCGCCGGCGUUAGCAAGGUUAGAGAUAACGCCGGAUCGCCCUACUUCAGGUGGAAUAUGAGAAAUUGGAUCUCAACAGAGGAUAAUGUGCGGCGAUUGAUGGCGAAAUAUAACAAUUUUGAUUGUCACAACUUCCACAACCCUCUGCCUUCGGCUAACCCUGGUCAACUCCUUCGAGCAAAUCUGGUCAUCACCCUGGCCAGAUCCGAAAGCCGCCUCCGUCCAUCAUCGACCGUCACCUACAUCUUGGGGUGAAACACCAUGCGAAGCGUCCAUUGACACCGCAUAAUCACAUAGCAACAUACAAAACAAUGCAUAAUCCUCAAUGUCGUGUUAACUCCAAAGAGAGUGCAUUAGAGCUCUGAGAGUCAUUUAUUGCUAUGAUCCCUCUCUACAAGUAUAAUACAAGACGACGAGUUCUUCCGCGCAUCGACGUUGUAACUCGAGAAAUUGUAUCUCUUUUCUGCCUAUGA